CGCAGCCCAAACAGAGCAGCUCGAGGCCCGAUCUUGAUUCGGCAGAUCGAUUACUAGUACAACAAUGGCAUCGGCUUCCGCUGUCACCAUGGCGAUGCCGGGCGUCGGCCGCAGCCGGCCCCUCGCCGGCUCGGAUGCGUUCUUCCAGCCGCUCAUGCUGCCUGUUCGGCCUACUCCCGCGGCAGCGGGACGAUGGCGGCCGAGCAGCCAGCGCAAGGUCCGGGCGUCGUCCGCGAAGGAGAAGGCAAUGAGCGGGCUCGCGGCGGCAGCAUUGGCAGCGGCGUUGGUGAUCCCGGACGUGGCGGAGGCGGCGCAACCGGGAGUCUCGCCGUCGCUCAAGAACUUCCUCCUCAGCAUCGUCGCGGGCGGCGUCGUGCUCGUCGUGAUCGUCGGGGCCGUCGUCGCCGUCGCCAACUUCGACCCUGUGAAGCGGAGCUGAGACUGAUUCAUGAUAUGUGAAGCCUGGCAUGAAUGCAUGCAGGUCUCCACAGUUAUUACUGCGAUCGCCUUUAAUUUCGUCGACCUAUAAAUGGAGCUCGGUGUGAGGGGCUCUCAAAUUUGGCAUUGUUGGUAGAACAUGUCGAUGAUUAAUAACGUUAUUCUCGUUCUUA